AUGGCCGACGCCAAACUAUUCACCCGGGGUAAAGCCCAAGAACUUCGUGAUGAGCUGAGGGCAGCAAACGAUAAACGAGAUAAAGGUUUUUUGAGAAAGAAAACAGCUUUGAAGAAGAUUGUAGCCAAUAUGACUAUGGGUAAUGAUAUGUCUCCGCUGUUUCCUGAUAUAGUACAAUGUAUGCAAAUACAAGUAUUAGAAAUCAAGAAAAUGGUUUAUCUAUACUUGGUGAACUAUGGCAGACUGAGACCGGAAGAAGUGAACAGCGCUAUAGGAGGUUUCCUGUCUGAUUGUGCCGACCGCAAUCCCCUGAUUAGAGGUCUAGCGAUACGAACAAUGUCUUCAAUACCAUUACCACCGAUAGUCAAAGCGCUCAUAGAUCCACUGAGACAUGCUUUACAGGAUCAGGACCCAUACGUGAGGAAGACAGCGGCCAUUGCCGUGGCCAAGCUGUAUGCCUCCGAGCCUGGGAGGAAAGUAGUAGAAAGAGAGGGUUUUGUUGGCAUGUUGAGGGAUCUGCUAGCGGAUCAUAAUCCUACUGUAGUAGCGAAUUGCGUUGCUGCGCUUGUAGAGAUAUCAGACAGGGGAGACGAUAUAGUGCUCAAGUUGAAUGGAAAUGUCGCAGGAAAAUUGGUUGCGGCUCUCGGAGAAUGUUCAGAGUGGGGUCAAAUUUACAUUCUCGAUUCACUGCUCUCUUUCAUUCCUCAGACUCAUCUCGAAGCGGAGCAGCUCGCGGAACGCAUUUCCGUCCGACUGCAGCACGCGAAUAGUGCUGUUGUUUUGACCACAAUCAAGGUCAUACUAUACCUGAUGAACUACAUGGAAGAUGACGUACUCAUACGCGUAUUAGAGAGAAAGAUGGGUCCUCCUCUUGUUACGUUACUUUCUUCAGGCUCAGAGGUGCAAUAUGUUGGACUACGAAACAUUCUCCUUAUCAUUCAAAGGCGACCUGCAAUCCUUCAAAACGAAGUCAAAGUCUUUUUUUGCAAAUACAACGAUCCAAUUUACGUCAAACUUGCUAAGCUUGAGAUCAUGUAUCGUCUGACAAGAGAGGAGAACGUAGCAGAAGUCCUUGCAGAAUUGAAGGAAUACGCUUCCGAAGUAGAUGUUGAUUUUGUCAGAAAAGCGGUCAGAUCAAUUGGUCGAUUAGCAAUCAAGAUAUCUUCAGCAUCGGAUCAAUGUAUCCAGACCCUAUUAGGUUUAAUGCAAACCAAGAUUACAUAUGUGGUUCAAGAAGCUAUAGUCGUGAUCAAAGAUAUUUUCAGAAGAUACCCAAAUCAAUAUGAGAGCAUUAUUGCGACGUUAUGUGAAAAUUUAGAUGUUUUAGAUGAACCUGAAGCUAAAUCAGCAAUGAUUUGGAUAGUAGGUCAAUAUGCUGAUAGAAUAGAGAAUUCAGAUGAAUUAUUGGAGGAUUUUGCUUUUACCUUCAAAGAGGAACCUGCCGAGGUCCAACUGGCACUUUUGACUGCUGUCGUCAAGUUGUUCAUUAGAAGACCUACUGCGGCUCAAGAAUUAUUACCAAAGGUGCUGAAGUUAGCCACGGAAGAAGCAGAAAAUCCAGAUUUACGAGAUAGGGGCUUCAUGUAUUGGCGAUUGCUCACCUCAAAUCCCGCCGCCGCUCGAGAUAUCGUUCUUUCCGAGAAACCUGUCAUAUCCACCGAGACCGAUAGAAUGGACAAAGGAAUGCUGGAUCAAUUGUUAUUGCAAACAGGUACUUUGGGCAGUAUCUACCACAAAAACCCGAACACAUUUAUACGAACUGCGAAAGCACGUUAUCUUCCUGAUUCACCUGCUCUCAAUUCGUCAUCAAAGAGACAUUUAAUCACACCAUCCGGAUUUGCAUCCUCCUCACUCAAAGCUCCUCCUUCCGUUCCUGCCAGACCAACGACAUCCGUACCUGCAAGCAAUUCAGACGCAUCACCUCUCUCUCCAAUAGGAGGAUCAAGCGAUGAUCCAUAUGGACAGUUGAGCGAUUUGGAGUUCGUCAAUGGAGGCGGAGCAGGGUAUCAGACUGAUGUACCUAGACCUAGAGGUGUAGAAGAAGAUUUGCUGUUUUGA